UCGAAAUAUUGCACAUGAGCUCGCUGAAAGGGACCAUUGCACAGUCAUAUCUUCCCGCAUUGUCUACGACACAUAAAUAAGGCCAUCAUCACCAGAGAGAAUUUUGGAUUGCGACCCUCUACGAACAGAACAACUGCAGGCCCAUAAUCUGUAAUUACAACAGCACGACACCAACAUAACAGCAAUGCUUCCUCUUGCAACAAUCACUACUUCCAUCUUCAUAGUGCUCCUUGCGUUCUCAACCUCGGCCUCAGCACGACCAAAUAUCGAACGUCGUGGCCUCCCCGGUGCUGUAUAUACAUGCACUCGCGCCGAUUUCCGCGGCGACUGCCAAUGGACCGCACCAACCACUCAGUGUCGCCAACAAGGUCCGACCAGCCUAGGCCUAGGCCUUGAGUCGUUCGGCCCUGACCCAAGCACCUCCUGCAUCCUCUAUGAAAAGUUCGACUGCACGGGUAACCAGGUCCAAACCGUGCGUUUCCCUGGGAUUUCGUCUGGAUUGCCCCAAUUCGGCGCUUUCAGAUGCUCACCGGAAAGAGCACAGGCAAACAAUGACUUGGAUGUCAACCUCGAAGUUAAGGGUUCAGCGAAAGCGUUUGACCCUCUUGCGGACCCGAGGCUUGCGGGGGGUGUGGGGAGCAUGGAGAGGAAGAAGAACCUUCGCGAGCUCAAGGAGAUGGAAAAAGAUGGUUUCAAAGAAGGCCUGAUCGGAUUGAAGAAAGGUGUAUACUAUUGAGUUCCUUGUAUCAUCAUCUGUCUUUUCAUUUCUCAUUUAUAUCUCAAAAGCCCUUCUGGCAUCGCAGCUUAUCAAAGCUGCUAUUUCCUUCCCUAAUUCAGUCGUCUCUCGUGCCCGAAACUGUUCCAGGCUCUCGAUUGCAAAUUCUACUCGUCGAGAGAUUCAU